AACUAAUAGUGUGGUUACACUGAUGGUUAAAACGUAAAACGCUCUUGUUGUUUUUCUGUGUUGUUGUUUUGAAUAUUGAACAAUUGAAAGGACUAAUGUAACAUGAUUACAUUAAUUAAGUGGUACGAGUGUGUGUCACAUAUCCUACUACUACAAAUUUAGCCAAGAACAGCAACGUCUUACUAUAGUCAUAGUUACACAUUUAGUAUGAUUUGUAUUAUGUUUGGCAGAAUAAAACAACGAUAGAUCGAAACAUCACGCUGAUAUAUGAACAGCAGUUCGCGCUAAAACUGCAAUCUGAAGUAACGCCAGAAGACAGAAAUGUGGGGAGAAAUCGAGCCAUGUGUCAAACCCCUGGAGGGUGAAGACUCGAGCAGCUGUGGGACACGCCAGAGAUGGACAGACUGUGCACAGGUACAGCAGAAGACAGCAUUGUGGGGAGAAAUUGAGCCAUGCUCUAAACCUAAACCUAUCACAUCUGACAUCUGCGAUGAACCUGCUGUUCGAGACAGAUGUCCUCCUCAGACUGCUGUCAAGGAGGCCCACAGCACGACAAGCAGCUCUCCAAAUCAAAAGGAUGAGCCAUCUAACUGUCUCAGCUCAAUGAUAGCGGCUAUAGCAGCCAGUGGGAGUCCAGUGAAAAGCCAGCAGCUUGGGGAACCAGACUUAACUCUGGAAGAGAAGAAGGAGGUUUUAUUGGAUCAGUACAGAUCCAAGCCCUUGGUAUUUCUGGAGCGCUAUCAGGCCCAUCUGAAGCCGGAGCACAUAGAGGCUUUCUCACACCUGAGCAAUGACUGCAGAGCGCAGUACUACUGCAAGGAGAUUCAGAAACGGGCAUCCAGCGCAGCUGACCGGAAAAGCGUCCGUAACCAUCGUUACGCGGCUCUCCGUGCUCUUCAGAAGGAGGGCCAGUACUUCAGCGAGGAGCAGAUGCGUGUGCGAGAUCCGCUGCUGUACGAGCAGUACAUCGGACAGUACCUCAGCGAAGAGGAGAUUCUGCAGCGCUCGGAGGAGGCCAUGAGGAACAGCCCAGGGGGACUCGCUGACCUGCUUAUCAACUCCUACCAGGAGAAACUGAUCCAGAACCGCAUGGAAGAGGAGCAGGAGAGAGAGCAGUGUGCAGUGGAGGAGUCUGAUGAGGAAGAAUAUGACGAGCCUAGACAGGCAGAGUGGGAGCCGAAUGCAGAAGAGAAAGCUAUGCUGAGAGAGGAGUUCCUCAGUCAAAUGCAUCAGCGCUUCCUGGAUGGCAAGGAUGACUUCAACUACAGUGAGGUGGAUGAGAAUCCAGAUUAUGAUAACCUGGAUAUUGUAAGCCGUGAUGCGGAGGAACGCUACUUUGAUGAAGAUGAGGAGGAGGAAGAGGAAGAAGAGGAUAUGAUGCAAUAGCCCUUAAUGAUGUAUAGAAUCUUCUCACAACAGAAAAUUUUGGUUUGAUUUGUUGUACAUUCUUUGUAAUUUCUACUGCUUUAAUGUUUGUGUAGGUUAAAUGUGAUUAUCAGGACUUUGUUGUCUUUAAUAAAAGAGUACUAUUUUUCAAGA